AUGUCGCGCAAUAAUUCCGCCGCCACCAUCCAGGGCUUCUCGGUCUUCCAGCCCGCUCUCGGCGCCCAGCUGCAGUUCAUGCCUGCUCUCGGCACCCCGGAGCUCGAUGCCAUGAUCGACGCCUUCGUCCCUGGCCCCGCUUCCAUCAAGGAGAAGCGUGCUUCCAUCUGCAUGGACUUCUGCGACUUUGCCGCUCAGACCGGCGAGGCCUUCAAGUUCUACCCCGUCUUCGCCCCGUCCUUUGCCUCCACCUCCACCAACUCCCCCGCUAGCUCCAGCGCCAUGUACGACUCGGGCUACGGAUCCGGCUUCAACGUCUCUCCCGUCAUCGCCGACGCCAGCACCUUCGGCCCGGCCUACGCCACGCCCUCCGCCUCUUCUUCUCCGUCCUUCACUCCCGCACCCAGCCAGCAGACCAAGCCCAAGUCGGCCAAGUCCCGCAAGUCCGGCACCUCCUCCCGGACCGCCUCUGACUUCUCCCACAUCCCUGGCAUGAAGAUCAUGACCAAGGACGGCCAGGACGUCACCAACUCGGCCUCUCGCGGCUGCAAGACCAAGGAGCAGCGCGACCACGCCCACCUCAUGAGGAUCAUCAAGGCCUGCGACGCCUGCCGAAAGAAGAAGGUCCGCUGCGAGCCCGGCCACAGGAAGCGCACCGCGUCUCAGGCACAGACACAGCCCGAGACCAAGCAGGCCGCCAAGAAGUCCAAGAAGGCUGCAGUAGCUCCACAGUUCGACUCGUUUUCGGCUGCGCCCGACUUUUUCGCCGGCAGCUCCCUGCUUCCCCUGGACGAGACUGUCGCCUUCCCGACUGCCGAGGUCCCCUCCGCCGAGUGUUUCGAGGAGUCCUGGGAGCAGUUUGUCACCUUUGACGAGGAGCCCGUUGGACUUGUCGCGCCCGACUACGACUUCUUCUUCGACCCCGAGGGCCACUACUCGCCCAGCUCUGGCUCUUCUGCCUCGCCUUCGCAGUCUUUCACUCCGGGCCUGUCUGCCAGCGCUUCACUGGCUCCCGUCGACAGCGGACUAGAGACGCUCAUCCCGUACCGCGAGAAGGCCACCCUUCCCUACCUCAACCCGGGCAGCAGCCACGGCUCCAACUACGUGGACUUCAACCUGUACUCGCCUGCUUCUAGCUUCCUGGACGAGGAGCCUCAGCAGCUCAGCAGCGCGAGCACUUCUGCCAACAGCCCGGCCUACGCGGACAGCUACAAUGCCCAGCCUCGGUCCUCGCGUGACCUCACUGGCAGCACUGGCGACCGUGUAAUCGAUGCCGGCGACCACGUGGGUAGAGCACCGGAUAUAUGUGGCUACGCAAAUUCCUCAUCGAGUGAAUCGUCGCCACAAGGCCUAGGCCAGACGACGAUCAUCCAGUCUACGGGCAUCUCGUACGCCCGCGACCACUUCCGUGACCACUCACUCGACCCGAGCUCGGGCGCAGUGCAGUCCGGUGGUCUCCAGACCCAAUCUGCCUCUCCCGCUGUCGACAGCAGUGGCACCACCUUUGCCGACCAACCGCAGAGCUACUAUGAUGGCACCGCGUCACCCGUGCCUUGGCCGAGAGUUCCAUGUGUAAGCACACCUGGCCCUCCACCCCCCCUGCCGAUACUGACUUGUCAAAAGGACUCACGUGGACCACAACGUGUGACACUGAACACCGUCGCCGGACAGCCCGCUGCUGAUGCCGCGCUUGCUUCACAGGACAACCACGACUACUAUAGUAGUAGUGUUUCAAGUGGCCUGAAACGUCGUAUCACGACAACGACAACUACAACUACAAGAACCACUACGACCACCACUACUACUCAAGACGGCACUACCUCAACAACUGGGCUGAGCUACGCAGAUGUCCCACUCAACACGCGUGCGACCGCCGAAGCCACGACUGCGAGAGCGGUCCUGAAGGUGAUAUGGUCGCAGCCGCCGGCCCAGGUCAGCCUAGCUCAGCAAGCUAUCGAUGGACCGUCACAGGUCCUGAGAACCCUGUCCACUGCCCUCUCGCCCCUGGAGAUGCCAUCCGCGAUUGCGGCCGUGGCCGACGAGAAUGCUACCAAGGCGAGCAAGAACGCUGGUUUUGAGGGCGCAAGCUCGCAGGCGCUAUCCCCCGCUGGCAAGCAACAACCCCGCGCCGCCGGACAAGCCGCCCGGAGCCCUGUGUCGGUCACAGGACCCUCCGUGGUGGCGUCGGCAGACGCGACAUCACUGUCAGCACGACGGCUGGCCGAGACCAACGUCGCUGCAAUUGGCUUUAUCUCGAUCCUCUCACUAGCCAUCCUGGCGCUACAAACACAAGUACUACAGCAGACAGCAUCAUCCUUCUCAUCGUCGCCCUUUGGAGCGCUGUCGACCGCAGCCAUGCUGUUCGCAGCUUGGUCCGCUUGGUCGGCGCCUUCAUCGCCUGCCUCGUCUUCGACCCGAGCGCGCACGAGAACUUUCCUGGAGAAGACCUCGGUCCGAUCGUCAGAAUCGACCACGUCGAGGGCAAUCCCCAAGGAAGGCUCGUGCUGCUCUCGAUGCACCUCACCAACCCACCUACUCCGACAUGUUGUCGGCGUCAUGGUGUAG